GCACAAUAUAGCGGCAAAAUAAAAAUAAUAACUGAACAUGAUUUUGAGAUUUUGAUUUGCAUUAAGAGAAAGCAAAAGAAGUUGAUCAUGGACCUUGGCAGGAAGUUAGCUGAAACUAUUAAUAGUUUGGGUUAUAAAGGAUCCCAUGAACUCCAAGCUGCAGAUUUUGAAUGGAUGUGUGAAGAUGAAGAGAUCCUGCCAUUCCUGGAUUGGUUUUGUGGAAACGUUAAUCCAUCCAAUAUCAUCACUCCCGAAGAAAUGGAAGAAUUCCGUGCUCUUGAAGCAUCAGGAGAAGGCAUUCUGGAAGGGGAACAGUUGGAGCAAGCAUUACAAAGCUUAACUAACAUUGAAGAGGAUGAUCUAACAGAGGAUCAACUCAAGAAAGAAAUUGCUGAACUGGAGAGUGAGGUGAAAGCUGCUACAAAACGGAAAGAAAUUCUAAUCCAACAGAGGAACAGACUCAGUGUACACCACACAACCAGGCAGCAUAAGCUCACUAAACUCGGUGCAAUCGAAUCUGCUGCCAAGAAGAAAUACAAAAAGUGCUUAGAGCAGUCUCAUUCUGAUAAUAAUGAGAUGAAUACAGCAUUACAGAACCUUAGCAAAGCAUUUCAAGACGUUAGCUUGCUUUACUCCAGAUCAUCAAAAGAUGAGGGUGCUGACGGUGUGAUGUUCCUAGCGCAUCUCCCACUUCAGGAUUACUAUCGAGCGGAGGAACGCUUUACCCAAGAGCUAACAAAGUACACAAAGAAGCAGUUCUUUGAGGGCAUAACAAGCAUCACUGGCCAGGAUGAAGCCUCUUGGUAUCAGCUACUGGACAUCAGUGACCCAUCAACGUUGGUAUUAAAAGGCGAGAAAGAGCAUGUAACACUCAGCAACUGCAAAGAAAUAGCCCGGCUACAGGCCCUUUAUCCAACAAGUCAGAAGCAGUAUGUGAAGGCCUUAGCUGAACAGACUAGGCUCCAAGCAGCCUGCGACUGUGCUAGGCAGCUGAUCACCUCAAUAGAUCAACAGACAUUCCCAACUAAAGUAGGAGAGUUGAGUCAACAGGUCCAGCAUUUAGAGCAGAGUCUAGAGCAGGCUAGUCGCCAUGCAAGUACAUUAGCGGAGAAUGACCUACCACAACUGAUUGAUAAAAAUGCAGCACUGCAACAGACUGAGAUCCUGUUUGGUGAUUACAACCUCAAGAUUGCUAGGCAGGAGUAUUUCACAUCCAAACAAGAUGAGGUGAUAAAACAACUGACACUACAAAGAUCACGGCACGAGUUUCUCAGCAUGGCGUUCGAGACGGAGGCUGCAUCGCUGCGUGAAACCCACCGUCUACUAACAGCUGCCAGGGAUUUCCUUGAUACUAACCUGAAGAAGCAUCAAGCUCAAAUGGCUUUACUUAAUGACCCAAGUCUGCAGCCUACUCCACCCAGGGCAACGAUAGAUUCCAGGGAUCAAUUUGUUACACGGAUGUAUCAAAUUCUAUACUCUUCAGAUGAAUAUGAGGAGCGGUCGAAAAAUCAGCUGUUUUUGACGUAUGAGGAUCUCCUUGAGGGCGCCAAACAACUUGCCAGUAACCUAGCUAGUCUCCAAUCAUCUUUGGCAUCUACCAACAGCGAUCAAGAUUCUAGACUAACAGAACUUGAGCAUAGCCUGAAGGUUUGUGAAGAUAUAGUAUAUGCAGGAUCAGCUAGCAAGGGAGGUCAACCAGCGCUCAGCCCACAACCCAUCGUACAUGCCAUCAACCAGCUAGACCAAGCACUACAGAGCUUAGAGAAGAGUAUUUUGGAUAUUAUGACAGAGUACAGUACCAAGAAAAAGUUACUGCAUGAUGAUCCCCUGCUUGCCCGGCAAAGGACUCUUUACACAAGCUUCUUCACGAACCAGGGCAAGUUGAGACGGACGUUAGAUGACUUAUCACAGCAGCUGCAAGCGCAGAUGGUGGAAUAAGAUGCAACACUGUAUAUUACCGAUAAAUACGAUGGGACACUGCAUGUUAUAGACAAAAUAAGAUGCGACUCUGUUGUUAGAUAAAUUGCAAAUGUAAAAAUAUAUAAACAAUUACUGUAUAAUAAUCAUGUAUAAUGAAGGCAUUUGCUGUAUGUGUGUAAUAAUAUAAUAAAGAGCUAUACUACUUA